AUGAAAGCCCACAGGAACCUAAUCAUUCAGGAGCAAAGCUCGAUGGAAGUCCUUCGAAACACCUUUUCCCAACGAAAGCUUGACGACACUGUCUUAACAGUAGCGAGAGCCGUCAUCUGUCUUAUCGUUGUCCUGGAUAGACAAGUGCUCUUCUUACCAUCGACGAUUGACCGAGUAACUACCUUGGUGCUGUGUUUUGAUAUGGUCAUGGAACUCAAGAACAGUUUUCGAAUGUCCAGAGGCGGCGACCGAAAACGACAUGAAGUUCAAGUGGGACUUUACUACGCCUCGGCCUUAUGGAUUGCGGUCUUCGAUAACGAUGAUUCUCCUUGGGGUUUUAGAAUCAUUCAGAUUUCGGUGCUUUUGGGCGACUUAUUCCAGCAAAAACAAACUGGUACUACGCAUGGUGCGUCUGUUGUGUUACUGUUCCUGUUUAUGAACUAUCACAUACCUUUUGCAUCGGAUGAAAGCCCUGGACACGCGUCUCUUUCGGACCUUUCCCGGAGAAAUAUUUACUUCGACUUCCAGUGCAAGUCUAACACAACACAACACAACCAGCUACUGACGUGUCCGGUGGAUCUAUAUCUCGUCCCCGCCUGGGGUUGA